CUCAAUGGAGCAGGCUGUGUUGGCACAGUGCUGUUGCAAAUAGUGAUGUAACAGAUAGUAAUGAUGAGGGUAAACUGAACUCCAUGCAAACAGAUACAAUGGGCUGUAAGCCACAGAAAUCAACUAUUCUUUUCAUUGUUGACUUAAAAAGGGUUUCAGUGACCCCAAUCUUACAUUAAUGCAAAUGUGAAUGUUACAAGUAAGCUUUAUCCUUUGUAGAAGUAAAGUGGCAAAUUAGUCUGAGAGCAGCAGCUAUUACUUUUAACAAUCUAACAGAGGCUUAUAGGUAACACUUUACAAUAACCAUAAUCUACAGUAAAUAGAUAGUUUAUUAAUGUUUAAUCAUCAUUUAAAAACAGCAUAUAGACCAAUUAUAAGUGGCAAAGAGAUAGUUUGUUAAUGUAAGUUAAUAGUUAUUUUACCAUUAACAAGCAAUAAAAUUAUGAUUAAUGAUUUUCAUUAAUUAUUAAUAGACUAUUUAUUGAAGGUUUAAAUAUUGGUUGUAAAACAUCUAGAUUAAAUAUGUGUCAGUAGCACUUUGUAAAUGGUUAAUAUUUGGUUUUUAAAACCAUCUAUAAACAUGACUUAGAUGGUUAUUGUAAAGUUGCAACUGAUGUUUGUAAUACUUUGUAAAUGAUUAAUAAGUGGUUGAUAAACCAACUAUGAGCAUUACUUAGAUGGUUAUUGUAAAGUUUGGCUAGGGUUAGGGUUAGGUUUUUAAAAUGAUUAAAUUUACAAUUUAUUAAUGGUCUAUAUACUUUUUUUAAAUGAUGACUAAACUUUAAUAGACUAUCUGCUUAGUGUUUAUGAAUGGUCUAUACCAUUUAUAAGUAAUGGUUAUUGUUAAGUGUUACCAGCUUUUAUUUUGUUAAAAAAAAUCACAACACUGCAGAGAUGACCUGUGUGGUGAGAGUGAUCCUCUGCUCUUCUGUGCAGAUACAAUCUGGAAGGAAACAACCUUAAAGUGUUGCGUAGACUCUCAUAAAUGCAGGGGUGUCUUCAGAUAUUUUGACUGAGGUAACCCUGCUUGGACAUUGACUCAUGUCUGGCUGGUGUUUAAAUAUGCAUGCACAGACUAAAAUAGAUAAGAUUCACUCUUUCUGUCUCAACUUAUUGUAUCUACUUUAACUUCCUGACAUUUGUGUACAGCCAACAUGUGUGUUUUGGAGAGUUAUUGUGCAGGAGUCUGCUUAUCACCUCUGAGCUUCACUGACACUGUCCAAAAGAAUGCAUGACUGCAUUUUAUUUUGUCAGUAAUCAUACAUUUUGUGUUAUAAUUGUGGUUUCAAACUUGAUUACCCAUUUAUACACAACACAAAAUACUUGAUUGAUAGUUUAUUUCAUCAUAACAAAUCAACUCAACACAGCAUGCUUCAUUACUUUACAAAACGUUGCAACAGUAACAGACAGCUGCAGUAAUUCAGUGCAUAAACAGCAAAAAAAGACUGAUUGACUUAAAUUAAAAAGAAUAUAUUAAUAUACUUUUGUGGUAAACAAUAAUCUCCUAACAAUAAAUAUGAAACCAGUAUGCCAAGUUGUAAAACAUUCAGUUGUUGCAAUCAGCUGAUUGUCUUUGAGGUAUGAGGUUGAAUAUGCAUAAGAGCCAGGGGAUGUUUUUUUUUUAAUUUAGCAUUUUCUUACAUCUCUUAAUUUCUAGCUACAUCACAUCCAAGCGCCUCCCUGUUCAAUGACACCAGCAGCUUCAAGUUUUCUUUGCAUUCCUGGGCCAGACCUUGGUUUGAUGUCACUUGUUGGGAACAUAAUUCACCCACGAACCUUUCCCAUAUGUCCUCCUGUGUCUGAGUCUUUGCACACUUCAUCAUCCUUGGUUCACUUUUCAGCAGCUCACCAGCCAGCUUCAGCGCACACCCAGCGGUCAGAGAUGGAGGGUAUUUGUUGAAAGCAUAGUCUGCCAGACUCAACUCACACACUUCCUGUGCCAGGCUGCUGCAGAGUCUGGGUCUUUUUGUGUCAGGAGUCACUGUUGCAAACUUGUCGGCGUCUGCACAUGCAAGCUGAGCAACCUCAACACAGUUGGUGUAAUAGUCCAAGAAGAAGGCCAGGGUGGGCGCAGAGAGGCAGAAGUUGAGGCGCAGCAGGAUGAGACAUUCCAGGUUACAGAGCUGCUCUUUAGUGAAGGCGUCACAGCAGAACGACAACAGAUGGCUGAUACCCGGUGAGCCCACCUCCACCUGAGGAGAGAGUUGGUGAUUAAUAUAGUGUAAUGCAAAGAUACAAAUUUUAUACUCCUUAUUCAUUUGCUCACCUGUUUACUGGCCAGGAGGAGGGCAGUGACCCCCAGGAGCUGGAAGCAAUCAGCAGCCACUGGUGUGGAUGCCAAGAACCGGUCCAUGAUGUUCACCGCGAGGCAGCAGCACUCAAAGGACAGACGGAAAUGUUUGUGUACAGGGAUGAGCCAGCUGACCAGUUUACACCGAGCCUCUGCAGUCAACUGAAAAUAAAACCAAUCUUCAUCAGUGGUCAGAUCUCAGAUCAUAGACUAAAGGAUUUUAGCUCUGCCUUAAAGAAGAUAUAGGGGAGAGUGGGGUACGCUGAGCUAAAGGGUAAGUUGAGCCACCCUCUGUUGCUUAGAAAUGGUAAAAAGAAAUUGAUCAUGUGACCAAAUAUUUAGGAGAUGGGCAUCAAUUCAUGGAGUCUGUGAAGGUUAGAGGCACAAAACUGUGAUUGCCUUGAUGUAGUGAUCUGAAAUAUGAAAAAAAUGGGCACACUGGAAAGACGUGCUAUUUACAGUUGUAUCCCACAUUGACAAAAUGCUUGUACAUAUUUUGGUUGAUACUAUGCAAAAAAAAGACAACAACAACAACAACAAAAAGUCAAAACCAGAAAUAAAUGUUUUCAAAGACUACAUGAGUUCACGCUGUAGUUCUGUUUAAACUGGAAACCUUUGUGUGUGACUGUCUCUGUUUGAUUCAGAGUCCUACCUGUGGCUGGCGUGCCAGACUCUUGCAUGGAUGAAACAGCUCCUCUCUCUCCCUCUGGAUCUUGUAACCGAUGUCUCCGUACUGCAGGUACCAGGUGGACAGCUCUCCAGCAGGUGGGUCGUCUGGACGGAGAGGGGACACAACCAUCCUAACCGGGGUUGAGAUGGGCGAGGCUCCCAAGUCUUCUUCGAAACCGGAGUCACACAUCUUUGACUGAAGUUUCUGCUUCCUGUGCCGGACAGUGUGACGCCGCUGGACCGGUGUGACCGCGUCUGUUGUGGUCGUCCUCCUCCGUUUGUCAACAGCCUCAGAGCCACACUCACCGUCCUCAAAUGACACCAUCCCCGGUACUUUCAGCGGAGUCUGUAAACACAUAGACGGCCACUGCCCGGGCUGUUUGUUACUGGACUGAAUUGGAUAUUGGUUGAGAGCUCGUGCGAGGAGCACCGUCUGCUGACGUCACUUUCCCGGGGUCUACCCCGCUCGUGCAGCGCACCUUUCUUCAGUCGCCCCGGCAACCGAGGCUAAACAUAAUUUGUUCCAUGUUGGCAGUAAUUAGCCCAAACCUUGAACCAUAUGUUACACCUCGCUCGGUUUGUGGGCCUGAUCCGAGGAGGAAAAAAUCCCAAAGCUCAGACGUUUCUAAACAGAAAAAGAAGAAGAGAAAUUGAAGUUCAGACAAGCAGGCUGACAAUAACUGUUACGGUGGCCGAGAACCGCCACUGCUGCAAAUAAAAAAGAAUGAAAAAAAAAAAAAAAAAAAGAUAAUAAAAAAUAUUAUCACAUAAUAACUUUUUUUUUUUUUUGCAUCGCCACUUUUUUUGCCUCAUUAACUUCCAUUGUGGCCUUUUUUUUAAAAUUCUGCACUGUUUCUUUAUUUUAUUUGCAGCGGGCUUCGUUUUUGUUUUGUUUUUUCAUCAGUAACUUCCGUUGUGGCUUCCUUUUUUUUGCAUUCUUUUUUAUUUGCAGCAGUAGCAGUUCUCGGCUACUGUAAACUGUUUCCCUGUGGAAACACGAUCCUUACUGGCAUUUUUACAAAUAAAGGUUAUGUCAAAUGUGACUGCAAUUAAGCUGAGCUCAUGAUUCUGCGAAACUCAGCUCAGUCAGAAACAGCUUUUAGUUAUAAAAGAUGCAAUCACGAGGUUACAACAACAUCCAUAUUUUUUCAGAAUAAAGAGCUCACAAUUCAGUCAUAUUCAAACAAUCUUUAUCCACACAUUCAAAGUCACUUUGAUUUGAAAUAUUUUAUUAGUUAUUCUGCCAUUUCUAUAGCUGAACAACGUAUGCGUCAGAUUACAUGCAUAAGUAUUAUAAGUUCGCCUAAUUUGACAGUGUGCUGUUUUGAGUAAUCCGAUCUGAAAGCCAAUAAUAUUGAUCUCAUGGCAAAGAGGUUCAAAGUUAAUAUCAAUGCAAGAGGGGCUUUCUAUAAAUGUCUAGAAAGUUCUGGCUUCCUACAGUUGCAGUCUAGAUCAUGCUUUUGUAUCAACACAACAUAGCAGAAAAUAGAUCAAAUUACGUAAGCAAACCCUGAAAAGUAACACCUAAGAGUGUGAAAGGACACAUUUUCCUCACAUGUAGUUUAAGCUGCUCUUGAACAAUGAGACAGUGAAAUGAAAACACCUAAAAAGUAAACUCAGUAAAGCAAAGUCAGCUGUGGUGUUAAAGGCUGCUGCUUCUUAAUGGAGUGAAGGUGAAGGUGAGGUGAAGGCUUGGAAAUGGAGAUAUAAACCCUUUCUUCCAUCAGUCAUCAUGGGAAAUGUCAACUCUCUGCCCAACAAAAGCAAUGAGCUGGAGAUAUUGAUGAGAAGAAGACUGAGAAGCAAACUGUGAGUGCAGUCUCCUGUGUUUUACUAAAACCUGCUUGAAUCAUAACAACUUUGACAGAUCUACCUGGCUUUACUCACAUUAGGUCAGACAGAGAUGCUAAAAGGUAGUGUCAACUCUUCACACAUGACUGUCAAAAAGAAGUUGUGUUGUUCAGAUACUGAACUGUUUUCAGUCGCGCUUCAGCCAUAUUAUUAUGUUCCAAGGGAGUUCAGUCAUAUCAUAACAUUACUUUUGUAUGAUAGCCUACUGUUGCUAGAAUAUAGACUCAACAUCCUACGGCACUUGUGGUAAUACUAAGAGACUUCAAUAUGUCACCCUCUCAUGUGACUGGAUUUACACACUUUGUUAACCCCCCCCCCCAGGGAAAAUUUGUCAUGAGAUUCCACUCAAAUGAAUUUCCCUCUGGGGAUAGUUAAAAUUCUUGUGUUGUAGUUUGCUCAUCAGCAUACUUUUUUCCCCUUUCCAAUCAAAAGGCUCAAAUGAGAGGGCUCCUUAGAUAGUUUAUCAAAUAGCUCCUGUUUAGAUAAUCAAAAUGCUCCUCCUAGUAGGGUUAUUACAACAGACCUUAUCAAGCCAAUCACAAUGCUUAUUUCCUUCCAUUUACCCUAGAACACCAUUGCCGGGUGAUUUUUACCCGACCCAACAUGUUUAUGUGAUUUUCAUUAUGUUGUGUUUGUCUGAGUAUCAUGGGUCCCUGGGUAGAUUCAGCUUUGCCUUUGAGAUCUUUGAAGGCAUAUUUGUUUCCCUGAUUCAAACGCGCUUUUUCAUACAGGCACAUGUUAGGGUGAUUUUCACACGGCAAUAGUGAUAGAGGGUAAGUAGGUUUGGGUGGAUUUGAUAGCUGCAUGUAGGUGAAUAAGGUCAGUAAGAGUGGUCCUGGAAUUUGCAUGCUAUCUUUAUUUAGGGCAGUGGUUAUGAAUAACUAUCACUAGGUUGUGAUUUUCAAUUUUCAAGGUAAUAAGAAAUAUUUUAGUCAGCUGGUCAUUUUUAAUCACUCAAAAUAUGCCUUAAUUGGUUCUCUCUCCUGCAAAGACCCUGAGUCUUCACCAGGGAAGACACACAUGCCCCAGGAGUCGGUGGAAAAAAAAAACAAGUUUACAGUUUCUCUCUCUCUCUCUCUCUCUCUCUCUAUCUAUCUAUCUUUCUAUCUGUCUAUAUAUAUAUAUAUAUGUAUGUAUUUGCACAGUAAAAAAUAAAAGAAAACUACUUUAAUUUGUCACGUAUUGUCCUAUUUUGAUGUAUUUUGAUGACAACUACUUUUUUUCGGGCAUAUUAUUUCGGGUAAAAAUCACCCUGCUAUAGUGGUGGUGUUACUAAUAUUAGCAAUAGUGUUCUAGGGUUAAGCUGGACAAAUACUUUAAAUAUACCAUUAUUUUUGGGAAAGAAGAGAAUAAUUAACAAAAUUGACAAAUUUUCAGUUUAAUCUUGUUUAUAUCCUUUUUACAAAAGCUCAACUCAGUUAUUUGACUGCAUGUUUCACAACAACUUUGCCCAAUCUUGUUGCAUACAGUAAAAAUCACGUUUUAAAAGAUAGACGAAGAAGAAGAGAAGUUAACAAAGCAGCCCAAAUCUAUGUAGACAUUGAAGCAUCUAUUCUCAAAAGUUUUUUUUUUCUUAUUUUCUCCUUUUCAUUAUUGACAGUAUUUGUGGAUUAAUGCUGAGCAAGGUGGCGAUGUCUCAGAGAGAUCUUUACUUAGCGUCAUGACAGGUCUGUCGAGGUCGUAUUUUCACAGGCUUUAUUUACCUCUGAGGUAAGAAGUCCCUAUUUGACACCAGCCUGAUUUGCCAGGUUGAGCUCCCCCCUCUGUCCACAUGAGGCGCUGUUGCACCCUGAAAGCCUGAACUUUGUUCUAGUUGUAAAUGGGUGUGUUAGCUCUCUGUGCUCACAACUGAGUUAUUCUCCAGGAAGAAAGGACAUGGAGCGAAAGUGUUAGGUGAGAGAAGACUUUGUAAAGUGAGUGAAAUGCUGUUAAUUGUAGACUAAAACUGUAGCGCCGUCUUACCUAUAACUCCGGGGGGCUGUGGAAGAAGCCGGUCACGGAGAUUUGUUUAUAUUGGCAUAAGUGGAUGUAAAAGGUUAUCGUCGGUGUCUUUAGGUGAGCUGUCACUGUGUUUCUGUGACCUGCAGAGGCUUUACUCUUCGUGAAUGUUUCUAACCAAACACUACAUGCUUCUCUUACUCCUGUGUUUUACUGUAAAGUAGGCUGAAUGUACUUCUUCCACUGGCAGGUCUGAGCUCCAUCUCAGUCACAGGGCUGCUCUUGAAGCACUCAGGGAAUUAUUCAGGAGGAGGAGAUGGAGGACUUCUGGGUAGGGGCCCUUUGGGUCCUGAAGAUCUGGCUGUACCUUAUCGUCGGCCUCAUCAUGUUUCCGGCCAUGUUUGGCUUCUCUCUGGGCAUUUCUGAGACCUACAUGAACAUCCUGGUCAAAACUUUGGAGGUACAGGUUUAUGUUUCUUCUGGCUACACUGUACAUGCUUUCUUAAAGCCAUGUAGAUGGUCAGAUCUGGAUCCUGUUACAUGAAGCAUAAAUUUCACCUGACUGUCCCUUCUUUGCAGUGGGCCACUCUGAAGAUACAAAAAGCAAAAACAGAUGAUCAGGCACUCAAAGCGUCUUCAAAUGGUGGGUGAAAAGCUCUGCCUUAAAGUAUCUAAACAUUAAAAACACUAACCAGAUAUUCAGAGAGAUUUUGAGUCCUGAAGAAGAGAAAUUCCUGUGUUGUUGGAACUCUUGCAGAGAGCAGCCUACUCACAUCCUUUAUUGUGAAAGAUGGGUGUUUAAAAACAGAUAUCAAGCUGCAAGACUGGAUUUCACAAGAUACUUUACAUCAAGUCUGAACAUGCAUGUUGCACUGAUAUAACCCACAUCUGAGAUGACUUGUUUUAUCUGUGCAGUGCUAACUGCAUUGUCCCUGCAUAUGGAUAAAUUUAUCAGAGGACGAGAGCUCUGUGACCUUUGUGUCAGGUUUAAGAGCUUUUAUUUUAGACUACAGAGCUGACUCUCCUUAGCACCAUGACUUAUUUAACUUUGGAACUUUUUUUUUUACAGAAAGCAAGGUGAAGUUGAUUUGGUAACUCUGCCUGUCUCACAGGAUGAAUUUACUCCACUCUUUUAUCAGUUGCUAAGCUGCACAGGGUGCUAUCCCCCUGCUGCAAGAAGUAAAAGUCUAAGUUAUGACAGCAGAAUGAGGGCUCUGCAAAGUCCAAAGUGUGUCAGGGUUAUAUUCAUUUCCUGAUCUAAACAAGGAUAAGGUUUGGACACUGCAUUUAUCUUAGAAUAAAGAAUACUACAAUAGGAAUAAAUAAGCUUCUUUUUAGUAGAAAGGCAUACAUAAUACUGUUAACAACAACAAGAGAGGCCAAAGAUAAAGUAUACUCAGAUCUUUAAAAGUGGAGAGUGGAACUUGGAGUGAAAGUGCUCUUUAAGCAGAACUGAAGAGUUUAGAUGCAUUAUUGAGUUUAAGGGUUUGGACUUUGCUUCCUUGGUUAUCAGAUAAUGUGGAGUAACUGUUGUUAGACCUGUGAAGUGCAUUGUGUUAGAUCCUGAGCAGGGUUGUCUUCAUUGCCUAAGACUGCUCUCUAAUCAGCCCACUCCUGUUAUUAUGUAUGUCAGGUCAGAGGGUGAAAAGGCCAUGCAGUAGGUGGAUUGUUGACGUCCUUUGCAAUAUCUUACCUAUGAUAUCACUGUAUCAGAGCCAAAAGUGGCUUUUUUACCAAAUGAUAACAGUUCUACAUUUUAAGGUGUUGAUUUAUAUCUCUGACAUGCUCUGAUUUAUUGUUUUCAUUUCGUUCAGUGUUUUAUACUUACACCAUCAUUCCAAGAAACACACUCCUGAAAACAUUGGUUCUUUUUUCCCCGUUUCACCAAACCAAUUCAUUCUCCAGCACUGUCAGCACAAUCAGAUAUGAGGAGGCUGACUUAUCUUGAGACUUGGUAUGAAGAUAGCGACUCAUAUCAGUAGAUUAGGUUAGUGUGUGACGGUGCGUGUGUGUAUGUCUGUGUUUAUUAGGCCUCAUCCAAAGGGAAGAUGGCUCCAUGGAGAAAGAGCUAGAGGAACUCAGACGCAGUCGGCCCAAGCCACCCGAGGGCGGUGAUUUUACUCUCAGUGACUGUUUCUAUUUCUAUCGGCGUGGAAUUGAGAGCAUCGUAGAGGAUGAGGUACAUGUUCACACUUUUAAGGUGAACUUUGAGAAUUUUCUUUAUCUGCUGACCUGGCAUUGAAAACACAUCUUUUUUUUUUUAAAUUUAGGUGACUCAGCGAUUCACUUCAGAGGAGCUGGUAUCCUGGAACUUACUGACUCGCACCAAUGACUUCCAGUUCAUCAGUCUGAAGCUGACGCUGGUCUACGGCAUUGGUAUCUUUGUGAGAUACUGCAUCCUCGCUCCUCUGAGGUAUAUCAGCGGCAAGAGACUAAAAGUCGUCAUGAUAUUGAAGGACAGAGUCAAAAUAUCGAGUUAAAAUCUGAGACUUUCCCCUUUCUCAGUCUUCUGGUUGCUGUUUUUAAGUUUAUGAUGCACCAGUUUCAAAUCAGCAAUGUUUUUAACAGCUUAUUUCCAGCCAUGUGACCUGUAUUUGAGGCUGUGGCUUUAAGAUUCCUUUGUGUUAUUCAAUCCAAUGUGCCUUUGACCUACAAAUGGGUUUUAAUCGUGAUCUGUAUAAAGCUCAGUAAAACACAUGUUCCUCUUCUCCAGGAUAACUCUGGCCAUCAUUGGCCUCACCUGGUUGGUCAUAGGAACAUCUGCAGUGGGACUCCUACCAAACUGGAGGUAAAUAUUGACUAACAGCCUCAUCUAGCUUUUUCUCAUGAGAGUGAGAGUUUUCUCCUCAUUCCUGUUUGUUUGUUUUAUAUUUUUUUAGGAUCAAGUCUUGGCUCAGUGAGUGGGUCCAUGUGAUGUGCUACAGGAUCUGCGCUCGAGGACUGUCUGCCACUAUCCGCUAUCACAACAGGUCAGUGCGCCCUCUCUCACAGUAAUGAUCAAAUAAAUAACAGGAUUUCAUUCUGUGUCUGACUCCAUCUUUUUACUUAAAAACUGCAGGGAGAAUAAACCCCAAAAAGGAGGAAUCUGUGUUGCCAAUCACACUUCCCCUAUCGACAUUGUGAUCCUCUGCAAUGAUGGCUGUUAUGCUAUGGUACCAAGUUACUUUCAUUAAAAUCUCUCAUCAUCCAAAUGUUAUAUUUCAUGUGAAAUGACUACAUGCUUCCACUCGUGUUCCUUAGGUGGGUCAGGUACAUGGAGGGUUGAUGGGAGUUGUGCAGAGAGCCAUGGUGAGGUCCUGCCCUCAUGUCUGGUUUGAGAGAGCAGAGAUGAAAGAUCGCCACCUGGUGACCAAAAGGUCAGUCAACGCUUGCUUCAGCAGAUCUUCCCAGGCUUGUUACUCCUUGUCUUCCUUAUGUGUGUUUUCUUUCAGUGGAAAAUUAUGCAACAGAGAGGUUUGUAUUUUGUCCUGGCAGUAAAUGCCUCUAAAUUUUGCAUAUCUCUAACUCUUCAAACAUGUUUUGGAUGUCGAACAGUGGCUUACACAGUUUCCAGUAGCUCGUCAUAUCAUGUCCUCACCCAGUAGAUGUGUGGUGUAUUGUCUCAAAUGUCCCUUUUAAAGGUGCGGUGUGUAGAUAUUUAUAUAAUGAGAAAAUGUUUUCCAUUUCACCUUUGUGCUGCUUUCAGGUUAAGGGAUCAUGUGAGCGACAAGACAAAGCUUCCCAUUUUGAUAUUCCCAGAGGGUGAGUGUGACCGUGGACAGAGAUAGAGUUACUAUCUCCACAUUUGUUGUGUGUAGUUUUUGUGUCAUCAAAGAUAAGACUCUUUUUGUAAGCAGUGACAAAUGAGCAGAAUCCUCAUGUGGGUUUGGACUCAGCUUACACAGCUCUGUCCCACUUUCAUCCUCUCAUGUCUGGUUUCCAUAGGAACGUGUGUCAACAACACAUCUGUCAUGAUGUUUAAGAAGGGAAGUUUUGAAAUUGGAGGAACAAUCUACCCUGUAGCCAUGAAGGUACGUCAGUCCUGACUGACAUUAAAGCUCCAUCCCUGAGUCUGGUCCAUCACAGCACCUGUGGUUUUUUCUUUUUCAGUAUGACCCAAAGUUUGGAGACGCUUUCUGGAACAGCUCCAAGUACAGCAUGGUCAAUUACCUGCUGAGGAUGAUGACAAGUUGGGCCCUUGUCUGUAAUGUCUGGUACCUGCCCGCCAUGCACCAACAGGUGAGUUUGACAUCACUGCCAGGAGGUGCCACCCUGGACCAUCUGCAAAUGUGAAAACACUCACAGACACAUACUACAGUGGACUAAGUUUGUUUUUGAAAAUGGCAGGAGGGGGAAAGUGCUGUCCAGUUUGCCAACAGAGUGAAAUCAGCCAUCGCUCACCAGGGAGGGCUGGUAGAUCUGCAGUGGUGAGUUUGUUUCCGUUUGAAGAUCAAUUGAUAUCUUUAAUGAUACAAAAUUAUAGAUACAUGACACAAAAAUACAACAGUUAUCUGUUGUAUUUUUUUUCUACCGAUGUACUCAGCUUCUUAAAGCUCCUGUGAGGAACUUUCUCUUUGUGUCAACUCCAUUUCCCCCUGUGGACAAAGCAGUCUUUGUUUAUCCUGUCCUCUACAUUCUUCUGUAAUGCCUCUUGAAAAAAAACCAUCCUAUUGACUUCUGACAGUCAAAUCUACCAUUAACUGAAAAUGUACUGUCUAGAAGUUGCAGAAACAGGACUGUUACUCUAGCUGCUUAGCUGACACCUCCCCCCUCUCACCAGUUUCAGGAUUUAAAAAUGACUGAAUCAAUGUUACCAAUCUUGACCCUGAUGGUGCAAUUUGCAUUUGGAUAUCAUAAAAAGGCAUCAGUAUGAAUUUCAGGUUAUUUCAUAAAAGCCACAAAUUCCUCACAGAAGCUUUAAUGUUUAUGUCUGUAUAAUAGCAACAUCACACUCUCAUGCGAUACUUAUUAAUAAUUGUUCUUGUGUUAUAUAUUUAUUUUUUUAUGUUGAGUAGAAACAGACCUAGUCCUUUUCCUGUAAGACUGCUUUAAAAUACAGUGUUGCUGAGCUGUGACUGUAAAAAUAGUGUUUAAAGCAUAAUGAUACAUCAAAGUGGGUGGGUUAAAAAGUUGUUUUUAAAUGUUAUUAUUGAUCUUUGAAUUAAACCAGAGGGGAUUCCUUAAGAUAAAUAAUUAUGCUAAUUCUGUUAGCUCUAUAUUGUCCCUCUGAUAGCAUCUUGAUUUAUAGUACAAUAAAAUUCUCAACACAUUUCAUUCAGCUGUUUAUGAAACCCUCAUUUAAGCUGCUGUCCCUUUGAGACCCCCCAGCAUGCCAGAACACAGCAUUCUGGAAGCCUCCUUCACUGUUGCCAAGCAACAAAGCAGUGUUUCUGUUUAUAAAAUGAAAAAUUUGCGCAAAUUUCCCGAUUUAAACAAUUCCCACAUAAAAUCUCAUGCAACUUUUUGAUCAUCCAUUCAGAUCACCCUGUAGUCCCAUUUGAGGAUUACUUCAACACACAACAACCUUGUAAUCUGAAACUUUACUCAGCCAUAGUGCUGACACCCAACAUUUUAAUGUAACAUUUGUUUUUAGAAUAUGAAAAAAGCAUAAUACCACCUCUUCAAGUUUUUUAAAGCAGUGAUGACGUUUUUAAUCCACUUAAACUGGAAGUCAGACAAAAAAAACAAAACAAAAACAAAACAGCAGAUUGGUAGUUUAAGCCGCACCAUGCUCAGAGUGUCUUGUCUCACCGUUUGCCUCUGCAGGGACGGAGGCCUGAAAAGAGCAAAAGUAAAGGAGUCCUUCAAAGAGCAGCAGCAGAAGCAGUACAGCAGUAUGGUGGUGGGAGAUGACAGCAGCGGCCACAGUGACUGAGACCCUCAACCAGUUUGCUGCGCUAUAGUCCCAGACCUGUUCUUGCAGAUCGUACACUGGAAUCAGCCUCUCCUCUUGGGCACAUUCUCAUUAGCUGGACCUGAUUGGGAGUCCAGUCUGAUGAACUUAAACACUGUGAAAACACUGCUGAAAGGAGGGAAUGAGGUGAUUCUGAGAAAUCACAAGUGCAAUACUGAACUUUUGGGGAAACAGACUGACUGUGGGAAAGAGAAAACUCUCCGUUUUAACUGCUGUGGAAGAUGCUGCACUGUUGAUUGAUAAAAUGAAACGCUGGUAAGAAAAACUGGGAUUAUGACUCUAAUCUCUAAUAAUGAGUUAUGGUGCUUUUUAAAAUAAAUUUUAGUUUACAGUUUCAGCAUCUGUUUUGUGAUCAUGCUGAAAGACACUUGGAGGUAGCUGUGCUAUUUUUCUAAACAUCAUCAAUUAUUUUGUCCAGUUCAUGCAUUUAAAUAUUGUCUGUCUGUUUGAAACUGAAAUAUAAUUAAUACUGAUGAGCACCAAUACAACAUGGUGUAACCUAAAACACUUUGUUUAAACAAGCUACAUGACAAAUAAUCUCCUUUUUUAGUCAUUUCAGAGUCUGAGGUUACCCUCUACCCCUCUCUACUUUUUCACUCAACCGCAAAGGUAAAGCAAGGACAGGAGAAACACAAGGGUUUGGCACUUAAAUAAUACAUGAUGGCGUUGAGCGUGAGGAGCUCAGUUCAUUAAAUGUCCACAUGAGAUGUGACGGCCUUAGAGGAUAGCACACAGCCGAGACUUCUUGGAUCUCUUUUUAGUGGUUGUUUUUUCUGGAGUUUGAUCCUCUGUGCUGCUGUUUUCCUGCGGGGUCUCCUCGUUGGCCACUAAAAGCAGAUCAAAUAUGUUUUUUUGUUUUUUUUUAAAUCACAGAAUUUUAACACUUAAUUUGAUUGAAUUGAUCAGUUUUCUCACCUUCACUCUCAUCCUUAACACUUGGGGAAGUAGUUUCUUGCACGUUCUGAAUAGAGACACACAUCACUCAACCACAGUCACUGUAUUUAGAGUCUUUAUAAGCUUUUAACCAGUGUUAUGUCAUUACUCACGGGCAGCACGUGGAUUUUGUUUCUUUUUUUCUGCUCCUGAUACCUGCCAGUAACAAAGAAAAGAAGUUUACCUGCGAGAUCCAAUAACUGGAGACGGGCCUGAUUGUUUUUGGUGAAUGAGCCAUGAGAAACAAACUCUAUGCUGAGAUAUUUAUGAGCCUGAUUAGUGCCCUUAACAUCUGUGUCUCUGUCUGCACAUUUUAAAAGACAGAGAGGUUCAUAUUGAUUCAGACAUGCUGUGAGUAAAGUGAAGCUUCUUUUAUGGCCUGGCAAUAAAAGCUAAUAAAGCUGCUCAGCUGAAAAUCUCUAA